AUGACGAUGCAGCAAAAUGUCGCUUAUCCCUCCCGACGUUAUAACGGGAGGGAUGCGAUAACCUGUCUCACCCCACCGCAGCAGUGGCACGCUUGGAUGCGCAACGCAGGAGGUGUGCGUCAUCACCAGGUGAACUACAUGACAUGUGUUAAAGCUGGGUUAUAUGAGGAAGCUGUGUGCUCGGGCAGAUAUGGGGAGUUUUUCCCAGUCUUGGUGGGGCUAGCCCUGAUGGUUUCAACUGAAGGUAGCGUAGGACCAAGUACCAACAGCAGCUUUUGUUCCGAGUCAAAGGAGUGUUUGGAGUAUGAGCUGAUCUGCAAAACAGAUGAAUAUGAGGUGCGACACUACAGUCCUACCCGCUGGGUGUCAACAGAUGCUGAAGCCUACUUUAUGGGGGUAGGUGCAGCCAUGGCAUUCAGGAGACUCUUCCAGUACAUCACUGGUGCCAAUGAAGCAGGCAUCCAAAUGGAGAUGACUGCCCCCGUCCUGGUCAAGAUCCCAGAGGAGACCAAAAUGUGGGAGCCCGCCAUUUACACUCUGAACUUCCCUCUCCCAGCAGCUUAUCAGGACAAACCACCCACACCCACCAAUGACAAGCUGUAUUUCACAGAGAUGCCAGAUAUGGAUGUGUAUGUGAGGAGUUAUGGAGGCUGGAUGCUGUCCGUCACCUCCAGGCUACACGCCCACCUGCUGACUAAAGAACUGGACAGAGUAAAGGCUCUCUAUAACCACACCUACCACUAUGGUGUCGGCUAUGACAGUCCCCUAAAACUGUUGAACAGGCACAACGAGGUUUGGUACGUGGCCGAAGGGGAGCCCGUGUGCACGGAUCCACAGGAACCCACCCCCGUGCACACACCUACACCCACACCCACACAGACACUGUCUCACUCACCCACCGACACACCAGCCAACUUUUCCGCGCACACGCUUUCCAACUCUCCCGAUCUCACAACCUCCAAGCUGUCCGCAUAUACGCUGACCAGUUCUUCCCCACAACCACCAUCAGAUGCCCCCUCUCAGCCUCCGUCCCACGUGCCCUCUCUCGCUCCAUCCAACCUGCCCUCCAGCACUCCAUCCCACUUACCAUCUGAAGCCUCUUUUAGCAAUUCCUCCACCUCUACCCCGAGUUUGGCGGACCCCUCAUCAAACUCCACAGAUCCUGUCUCUGUGAACCCCGCCCUGGACCCCCAGGCUGACAUCAGCCUCUCAAACAACACGGCACAAGGCUCGCUGGAGACACAGGCUGACAGUCAAUCUGUGGAUCAGCCGGCUGGUGCUCAUUAG